AGGAAGUGAAUAAACUUCCAUUGAUAUUUGACAGUUCCGCAUCAAGUGGUUUUCUUUGUCUUUAUGAUAUGAUUUUAUACAUUUGAGGCAGUUGAAAGGCAUGAAAGAUAAUCUUUCUCGGAAAUUUACCGGAAGGUCGAUUGUGAAGGAAGUUCUACAACUUAUAUUAAUCACUCUCGACACCUCAUUCCUGAUGGAAUCCAUCGCCACGAGGGUGUGAGAGAAGAGGCCAGUUUCCCUUUUAAUGCUGAGCGCCAAGCAAGGGAGCUACUGGGUGUGUCUAUUUGCAUGGUAUGAGUUCAAGUAUAAAUGGGGAAUUGUUUGACUUGCUGUAAGGCCAAGGACGUUGCUCGAACAACGCGCUAUGCUGGUGAAAACAACACUGUCCCCUUAAGCAGUCAGCAAGAACAGACAGAGCCAUUGCAUAUAACAGAACAGAAAGUCCCGGAACAGGCUGUUCUUACAGCCAGAAAUAUUGUUAUUACAGAUAAGAAAAUGUUCAACCCUUAUAAUAAACUUCCACCAAUCAAAAAGCAGUCUAACGGUGACAGUAAAAGGAUGUCGUUAAUUUCACGUGAUUUCUCAGAGAAUAAAGCAAAUGCAUUAUUUGACAUGUACAAAGAUCCUGACUGUGAUUGCAUAUUAGCUGACGGUGUGGAAAAACUCUGUGACGAUUUACAAGUGAGACCUGAUGAAUUUAUAGUUUUAGUUUUAGCAUGGAAGUUGAACGCAGAAACUAUGUGUUUGUUUACACGAGAGCAGUUUGUUACUGGAUGUCAGAGUUUACGUGUAGACUCUAUCAAGGGGUUCCAGUCUAAAUUUUCAGAUCUGAUUUCAGAGGUGCAAAAUAAACAAAACUUUAAAGAAUUUUAUAAAUGGACGUACAAGUUUGGCUUAGACCACGAUUCAGGUCAAAGAACUUUACCGAUAGAUAUGGCAAUGAGCCUAUGGAAACUUGUGUUUUCUCAAAGAGAACCAAAGAUUUUACCCCGCUGGCUUAACUUUCUUCAAAAACAUCAGAAUAUACGGGGUAUUUCCAAAGACACAUGGGAUAUGUUCUUGAACUUUGUAGAACAGGUGGGAGAUGACUUAAGUAGUUAUGAUGACACGGAAGCAUGGCCUAGCCUGCUAGAUGACUUUGUUGAAUACGAGAAUGACUGUCAGAACCAGAAUGUUGAAACAGACAUGCAUUUUAACUAAAGAUACCUUGCAUAAAUCCAGGGCCCAUAUUGAACAAUGUUGAUGGUCUGAAUUGCCACAUAUGUACAAUAAAUUCAUUUUUAAGAUAGAUUUUAAAUUUGAAUUAUCAAUCAAGAGUAUAAAAAUGUCUAUAAAUUGACGUGAGCACUAUUCUAUUGAAUCAGCUUUAUUUUAGAUACUUUUUUAUUCAUUGCCUUCAUUGUGUAUUUGAGUGUCAUGCUGAAUUAUUUUGGUAACAGCCAUGUGACUUGUGUGUAUUUGAAAAAUAUUUGUCGGCGUUUUGAUUAUUAUUUAUGUGUGAAAUAGUGCCAGACUGUCUGUGUAUGUAUACAUGAUAUCUCUGACAGCAGAGUACUUGUUCCCUGUAAUUGAGGCAGACAUAUAAGACAGACUGUGAAAUAUUGAUUACAAAAUGUGUGAGUUCACUUUUAUAUUUAGAAAUUUUAUAAGAAUGCUCACUGUUAAGUAUGGGAAAUCUUUGAUGAUUGUCUCUGUACAACAGAAAGAUCAUUCCUAUAAAUAGAACAUUAAUUAGACAGAAAGUAAUGAAGAUGUAUUUUUGUAUCCUUUCUUUUCUAUUACUACUUCUAAAGUACUUGACAAAAUUAGCUCGACCUACAAAGAAAGGUCAAUGACAAUGGAUUUUAGAACAGCAGUAUUACUGUAAUAUUCCAGUAGAGAAAGAAAUCACAUGAAACUAGCAAAUGUAAGAAGUAGAAAUAUUCAGCACAGUAAUAUAGAAAGCUUUUUAGCUGAUGAUGCUUUUCCACAUAUAAUUCUGCUGCUCAGUUUACCCUCACCAUGCUAAAUUUCUAUAAUGGACUGGUCCAUCAUUCAAUUUGGGCAAUACCAUUUAUUAUUCGAAGGGGUGUUCACUGAAAAUUUACUGACUGAAUAGCGAACAGUGCAGACCAUGAUCAGACUGCACGGAUAUCUUGGUCUGCACUGGUCGCAAAGGCAGAAUCACUUGCCGCCAGCAGGCUAAGGGUUAUAGCAAACAUUUGACUAAGGCAUGAUAAAGUACUACAGUUCUAUGUAUCUAUUUAUCCUGAAUUAAGAAUCUACUUUGAAAUUAAUGAUAAUCGUGAGAGACUAAUUUUUAUGGAUUUUGUUGUUCACACAAACCACGUAAUUACUUGCCCAUUAAAUGAUUUUAUAGUGGCCAGUUUUAUUGAAUUUGAUUUGAAUUUUCCGUAAUCUUUUUGAGACUUUUUAUUUGUAUUGAAAAAAAACCUUCAUUUAAUACUACGUUAUAACAAGAGUAAAAGGUUAAUUUCUCAGGUCCAUCAAGGUAGAUUUCAUAUGUUUUUACAAGUUUAAGGAAUUAAAUGACCCUGUUUAUAUUUUUGUCAGAUUUAGCAUAAAAUGCUUAUAAUUUGCCUUUGCUUUUUACACAAUGCUUUGUUUAAAAAAGGAUUGAAUGAGUAAAACAUUAUUAUUAUGGUUUGGAAACUUAGAAGUUUCAUCUGUCGUGGGCCUCUUUUUCGAGCUAUGUGUAUAUUCGAUGCAGCCUAUACUAGCUGACUGAAGAGAGGUUGCAGUUUCACAUGUGUACCAAUAUGCCUACAUAUACAAGUUCAUUGUUUAUCUCGAUGAGUAGUUCAGAACAUCAUGAUCUUCACACAGUCAAGCUGCAUUGUUCAAAAUGUACUUUUAAAACCUAAAGCUUAAUAUUGACUUGUAACAAGCAACUUGCAUGUAUUUAUCUGACUACUUUUUGCAGACACUUUCUUGUGUACUUAUUGUACAAAUAUGUACAACACAAAUGCUUAUAUGUAUAAGUAUGAAGUUACAACCCCUUUAAUAUUGAGUUGGAACGUAUGAUGCAUGUAGUUGUUUAUAAUUUGUAAAUGUCUGUGCUUUUUUCCAGACACAGUGAAAUUAUUUUAAUGACAAUCAACUUAUUUCAUGUUUUUAGUUUUUUAGCUCACAUGUCACAAAGUGACAGUGUGAGCUUUUGUGAUCGCGCAGCAUCCGUCGUCCGUCCGUGCGUAAACUUUUGCUUGUGACCACUCUAGAGGUCACAUUUUUCAUGGGAUCUUUAUGAAAGUUGGUCAAAAUGUUCAUCUUGAUGAUAUAUAGGUCUAGUUAGAAACUGGGUCAACUGCGGUCAAAAACUAGGUCAGUAGGUCUAAAAAUAGAAAAACCUUCUGACCUCUCUAGAGGCCAUAUUUUUCAAUGGAUCUUCAUGAAAGUUAGUCAGAAUGUUCACCUUGAUGAUAUCUAGGUCAAGUUCGAAACUGGGUCAAGUGCCAUCAAAAACUAGGUCAUUAGGUCUAAAAAUAGAAAAACCUUGUGACCUCCCUAGAGGCCAUAUUUUUCAAUGGAUCUUCAUGAAAAUUGGUCAGAAUGUUCAUCUUGAUGAUAUCUAGGCCUUGUUCGAAAGUGGGUCUGGUGCGGUCAAAAACUAGGUCAGUAGGUCUAAAAAUAGAAAAACUUUGUGACCUCUCUAGAGGCCAUAUUUUUCAAUGGAUCUUCAUGAAAAUUAGUCAGAAUGUUCACCUUGAUGAUAUCAAGGUCAAGUUCUCAACAGGGACACGUGCGGUCCAAAACUAGGUCAUUAGGUCUAAAAAUAGAAAAACCUUGUGACCUCUCUAGAGGCCAUAUUUUUCCAUGGAUCUUCAUGAAAAUUGGUCAGAAUGUUCACUUUGAUGAUAUCCAGGUCAAAUUCGAAAGUGGGUCACAUGCAGUCAAAAACUAGGUCAUUAUGUCUAAAAAUAGAAAAACCUUGUGACCUCUCUAGAGGCCUUAUUUUUCAAUGGAUCUUCAUGAAAAUUAGUCAGAAUGUUCACCUUGAUGAUAUCUUGGUCAAGUUCGAAAGUGGAUGACGUGUGAUCAAAAAGUAGGUCAUUAGAUCUAAAAAUAGAAAAGCCUUGUGACCUCUCUAGAGGCCAUACUUUUCACGAGAUCUUCAUGAAAAUUGGUCAGAAUGUUCACCUUGAUGAUAUCUAGGUCAGGUUCGAAACUGGGUCACGUGCCUUUAAAAACUAGGUCUUUAGGUCAGUUAAUAGAAAAACCUUGUGACCUCUCUAGAGGCCGUACUUUUCAUGAGAUCUUCAUGAAAAUUGGUGAGAAUGUUCACCUUGAUGGUAUCUAGGUCAAGUUCGAAACUGGGUCAAGUGCCUUUAAAAACUACGUCAUUAGGUCAGAUAAUAGAAAAACCUUGUGACCUCUCUAGAGGCCAUAUUUUUCAAUGGAUCUUCAUGAAACUUGGUCAGAAUUUUCAUCUCGAUAUCUAGGUCAAGUUCAAAACUGGGUCACAUGAGCUCAAAUACUAGGUCACUAUGUCAAAUAAUAGAAAAAAACGACGUCGUACUCAGUUCAAAACUGGGUCAUGUGAGGACAGGUGAGCGAUUCAGGACCAUCAUGGUCCUCUUGUUUUUAUUGUACAAGCUGCAUAAUGUUAAUGGAACUAAAGUUUGUGUAUUUGUUAUUUUUUGUUUAUUUCCCAUGUAUGUGAGGACUAAAUGACCAUUUUAUGAUAAAUAACUAUCUUAAAUUGGUAUGGUAUAUUGGUACUGUAAAUUGGUACCCUAAAACUGGUGUAUCAUGAUGGUACUGUUCUACAUAGUUCUGCAUUUAUUUUUUUACCUAAUGAAAAACUUAGAUUGUUGCCAGACAUGUCAGACAUUGUUUAAAAAGACUUACAUAAAAUUGAAAAAUUAAUAGACUUUUCCAUUAAGGUAUUGGACCCGUAAUAGAGUACCUCCUUUUUGAAGAGUAUUCAAUUCCUAACAUAAAUCUACCUUGACUGCAAUUUUCAGGGGGGCAGUAGGUUCAAACCCCACUUGGACCAAAAUUUUUUUUCUUCAUAUUUUCCUUUUUCUAGUAAGAUUUUACUUCUUUCAAGACUUAGAAUGGAUGUAUUGUAAAAAACGUGGAAAGUUUUUAUUUUAUAAGCGAUUUCUAGCUGUUAAAAGUGAAUUUACCUCUGAGACAGGAGGGGUAGAGUUAGACAUCUUUGAAAAUACUGAGUUACCUGCGGUAAAAGUUCUCUAUUUUGCCUUCAUUCUUUAGAUUACAUAUUGUGGAAGAAAUGCAGGUAUGUUUUACUUCUGCCCCAAGGUUAUUUUUGAAUGAAGUGAGCAAAAUUCAAAACAGACCCACAGGAUUUGACCUUAAUUUUUCAAUGUUGAGUUAGAAUUCUGUCUCAUUAAAUCUGUUUACUUGAGGCACCCUAGAAAAAAUGAUUAAAUAUAGUUUUAUUUUGUGUUUAAUAACUGUUUAACAAUACUUUGAUGUUUCUUAUAUCAAAAUUAAUGCUGUAAUGAAUUCUCUGCAAACGUUUUAGAUAGUGGCCAUCACAUUGAAAUUUGUCUCUACUUGAGCUUGGGGAAAUAUCAUAAAUUAUACAAAAUUUACAAAAAACGGCACGGUAAAAAUUGUCUAAAAUUUGCAACACAGUGCGAAACAUGGUCAACUUUAAGAAUAUACCAAGCAAAUGCAAUUUUUUAAACAUUACUAUUAUGGGUCCAAUACCUUAAGUACACAAUGGCUGUUAUUUUCUGGUUUAUUUUUGGCAAACUGUACUCACCUUUUUCUCAAAAUACCAUCUCAACCCAAUGUAUUACUCAAAUGGUUGAUUGGUAUAAAAUUUAAAAGGCACAUUAAUAUAGAACUGUACACAUGAUCUGUAGGUAGUUUUUGAUCAAGUUUCCCCAAGAUUAAAUUGUGAAAGAUGAAUUGCUUGUAUCAGUUUCAAUGAGAGUCUCAGAUGGUGAUUAGAAACCACACAGCUAUAAACACUUCAAGGAACUGUACAGCAACAUGCAAUAUAUCUUGUAUAUAUACAUUUUGUUCACUUAAUCCCUGCUCUGUAUUCAUGAUAGAUAAUGCUUUCUGCUUUUAGUAUUUUAUAAUAUAUUGCUUUGUCUAUGUUGAAUCUCUUUGAAUAAUGGGUAGAUUCAGGGUUUAUUCAAUUGACUACUACACUAUGAUAUACAAACGUACCAUGAAAGGAAAAGCAAUAUUGUUUUGGUGUUAAUUCCAUCUGCCGGAAUUUCUUUAAUCAUUUAAAGAAUUGAAAGAAUUUUCAAAAUCGACUUAAAAAUGAAAAAGUUGAGCAUUUAAAUAUUUGAUCAAAAUUUCGGCCAUUUUGAUUCCAUGGCAACAAAAAACAAAAUGGUGGAUUUAUUUAAUUUUUAGACACAUAUUUGAAUUGUAUUUACUAAUUUCUGAUAUAUAAUUUCUCUAUUUUUUCCAGCUAUAAUGAAAGAAAUUGUCAUGUUUUACAUCUUACACUCAAGAAAUAUGUAAAAUUAUCAAGAAUGCAGCAGUGUGUAAAUGACGUCAUAAACACACAAAAUGGCUGCCUCCAUGAUAAGCAAUUAUUUUAAAUUUCAAACUGCCAUAUCUUUUUCAAUAGUGGUCCAAUUUUAAAAUUUCUUUCAGCGGUAUUUUUGUCAUAAUAGGUCACAUACUAAAAAACAUAUAGUAUAUAUUGGAUGUCUCUUACUUAUAUAUUUAGAGAUAUUUGUAUAUGAAAUAGCUUCACUUAAAUGUUCUUACCAAGACAGUGUUCUUUUAGUUUUGGGGAAUGGUGGUAGAACCCAUUGUGAGAGGAAAAUCAGGCCAUAACAGCUAAAACAGGAAAAAAGUUUGUCAUUAUGAAACAAUAUUUUUCAUAUUAAGUAUGUUACACUCUAAAGGAAAAAAACUUUAAUUCACAUUGUUUUGUAAUUUUGUAUGGUUUACAUAAUUGAGCAGAUAUAUUGAGAGUGUUGAUUGGAAUAUGCAAACCAAGUUUUGUUUUGUUUAUUUUUGGAGGGGAAUAUUUGUCAUGACUGGAUGGACACCUACUUGUUGGAGAGGGGAAUGGGAUCAAAUUUAAGCCCCAGGAACGACACAAAAACGCAGUUACCAAACAGCUGCAUUAAAAAUGUCUCUAAUUAAGUGUUAAAAGGAUAAUGGACGCUUUAUUUUUGUCAAGUAUACAAACAUCUUAAGUAGAGAAAUCCUAGAUUUAUAUGCCCUUCCAUUCUUGGUCAUGAACAUGCAUAUGGCAUGUAUUAAUUUUUAAAGCUGAACUGUGAGAUACAACACGGUCUGUAAAUGAGUGUUUACCUUUUAUCUGACCACCAAAGAACUUUGUAAAUAACUACAGUGAAAUUUUAAUUUUGCAAUGACAAGUCAGAGGAAGGAAACCAAUAUGAAUGACAAUUUAAAGGAGUGCUGUCUGUUAAUGGAUCUAUUUUAGAUCAAUGCACAAUUGCCCACAUUUAUAUUUAUGACCAAGCAUCUACUGUAU